CACCCGCCUGUCUGGGCAGAGGGGGGAAAGGGGCCACCCGCACACGACGACGACCAUGACCACCAUGACGGGACCGAUGCUUGCCUUCCGACGCCGGAUUACAGUACUGCUGGUCGCGAGCCUGGCAUUGGCCAGCCUCGCCUGGUGCCUGCCCUCGCAGCGUGUCUUUGCCGGUGCCGCUUCGUCGGGCGCUGCUCCUGCUCCCGCACGCCAGCUCAGGUACGACGUCGAGCCAGACUACUGGCUGGCCGAGGAGGGCGUGGGCCACUUUUCCGAGUGGUCAAAGGCCACCAAGCGCAUGUUCAUCGACGAUGUCCGGGCCGACCGGGCGAACGAGUGGAUCGUCGUGAUGGGCAACGAGGGUGGUGACCUCGACAGCAUGACGGCAGCCCUGACGUGGGCCUACCACCUCUCCCACGUCAGCAACCUCACCAAGACUGGCGCCUCCUUUGGCCAUGCCCACCCGACCAAGGUCGUUGCGCUCCUGCAGACGCCCGAGGAUGCGCUCGACCUCCGGCCCGAGAACAAGCUCGCGCUCCACAACGUCCGCAUGUCCCCUGGCCACCGGGACCUGCUGACGGUGGACGAGCUCCCACUGGAUGCGGCCGAGCUGGCGCCCAAGCUGCAUGGCAUCGUCAUCGUCGACCACCCCGAGCCGCUGCGGGUGUGGGCGCAGGCGCGGCUGCUCAGCAUCUUUGACCACCACAAGGACCGUGGUGUGGCGCCCGGCGCCAGGCCGCGCCGCUUCGAGGCCACCGCCUCAUGCACGACAAUUGUCGCGCGCGAGAUGCUCGACGAGCUCGAGAAGCUCCGUGAAGAGUACCACGUGCCCCACGAGAUCCUCGAGCUGAUCCUCGACGCCAUUGCCCUCGACAGCGCCGGCCUGCGCAAGGGCACGCCCGAGGACAAGUUCACGGCCAAGCGCCUCCUCAAGCGCAGCAACUUCAGGGACGAGAAGCUGCUCGACGUCAUGGACAGACUCGGCAGCGACAUGUCGACGGCGAAAAAGGACCUCGAGGAUCUCAGCGUGAGGGACCUCCUGCGCCGCGACUGGAAGGGAGACCUGGUCAACACAUCCUCGGAGGAGCACCCCGUUGUGCAUCUGGGUCUAGCCUCGAUCCCCUACUCGCUCGAGGAGCAGAUGCAGCGCACACUCCACGGCCAGGUCCAGUCCUGGUUCGACAUUGAGCAGCAGUGGACAAAGGAGAUUGCCGCCGACAUCAGCCUGAGCCUCAACAGCUUCAAGGUCAAGGUGACCAAGGCCUACGCCGCGCUGCACAACCUCGCCGUUGAAGAGAUUGUCGAUGAAAUGUUUGUCAAGGUCAAGACGAGGGAGAUUGCCCUCGUUGUGCGGGCCAGCCACAGCCACCGGCUCGACGAGGCGGCCGCCGACAGCCUCUUUGCGCUCAUCAAGGCGGCCAUCGACGACGCAGAGGUCAUCGAUGCCGAGCCGUGGCACCGGCGCAGCGAGCUCAUGGGCCGUCAGAUGGUGUGGACCCACCACAUCCAGAAUGGCGGCCGCAAGCUCAUCCGGCCCAUCGUCGAGGAAGCCGUGCGUGCGUGGGGCAAGUAAGCCGGGGCUGUCAGACUGGAGCCGUCAGUCUGGGGCAGUCAGACUGGGGACAGUGUUAUGACCUCGGAGUAGCAAGAGGAGUCGCAGUCGUAUUACUAGCAGUAGUGUGAUAAUAUCAUGUCGUCGUAGCAUCAUCAUCGUCUGCAAACUUAAUCUGGCGGGAACGAACACAGCACCGUCAAGGCAUCAGUCUCUCUGAAAAUGGUCCACAAAAGCAAUGUUAGAGGGUAGAACAUGUAAAAAUACAGAAUUGAAAAAUGGG